CGGAACAGGCCCAAACACACGAUACUCGCCCUACACACACCCCACACAACUCUAGUUUAAUCACACAUCAACAACACCAUAUCGCACGACAAACGAAUAAGAAGACCUACUAUUGCGACAUGUGUAGUCAGCAAUUUACGUCUAAACUUACUUUAAUCCGACAUAUCGGAACACAUACACUGCUGGAACCUUAUCCAUGCGGAGUUUGUAAAGAAACAUUUGCAAAUAGAUUAACAUUGGAUAAGCAUUUAAGAUUUCACUCUGCAGAGAGACCGCACGUGUGUGACGUAUGCAACAAGCGAUUUGCAACAAGAACCUCUUUAAAUCAACAUAGAAAAAUUCACACUCUAGGGAAACCAUACAAAUGUAAAGAAUGUAACAAGCAAUUUACACAAAAAACUCAUUUAAAGAUCCACGAAAGUGUCCAUACUGGCGUGAAACCAUACAAAUGUAAAGCAUGUGACAAGGAAUUCACACAUAAACAUCAUUUAGUUAUCCAUGAAGGAAUCCAUAGUGGAGUGAAACCAUACAAAUGUAAAGAAUGUAACAAGCAAUUCAGAGGAAGACCUGGUUUAAAGUGCCACGAAAGAGUCCAUAGUGGCGUGAAACCAUACAAAUGUAAAGAAUGUAACAAAGAAUUCAUGCAAAAACAUUCUUUAGUUAUCCACGAAAGAGUCCAUAGUGGCGUGAAACCAUACAAAUGUAAAGAAUGUAACAAAGAAUUCACACAAAAAUAUUAUUUAGUUAUCCAUGAAAGAAUCCAUAGUGGAAUAAAACCAUACAAAUGUAAAGAAUGUAACAAGCAAUUUACAAGAAAAGAUCAUUUAAAGUACCACGAAAGAGUCCAUAGUGGCGUGAAACCAUACAAAUGUAAAGAAUGUAACAAAGAAUUUAUACUAAAAAAAUCUUUAGUUAUCCAUGAAAGAAUCCAUAGUGCAAUGAAGCCAUACAAAUGUAAAGCAUGUGACAAGGAAUUCACACAUAAACAUCAUUUAGUUAUCCAUGAAGGAAUCCAUAGUGGAGUGAAACCAUACAAAUGUAAAGAAUGUAACAAGCAAUUCAGAGGAAGACCUGGUUUAAAGUACCACGAAAGAGUCCAUAGUGGCGUGAAACCAUACAAAUGUAAAGAAUGUAACAAAGAAUUCAUGCAAAAACAUUCUUUAGUUAUCCACGAAAGAGUCCAUAGUGGCGUGAAACCAUACAAAUGUAAUGAAUGUAACAAAGAAUUCACACAAAAAUAUUAUUUAGUUAUCCAUGAAAGAAUCCAUAGUGGAAUAAAACCAUACAAAUGUAAAGAAUGUAACAAGCAAUUUACAAGAAAAGAUCAUUUAAAGUACCACGAAAGAGUCCAUAGUGGCGUGAAACCAUACAAAUGUAAAGAAUGUAACAAAGAAUUUAUACUAAAAUAUUCUUUAGUUAGCCAUGAAAGAAUCCAUAGUGCAAUGAAGCCAUACAAAUGUAAAGAAUGUAACAAGCAAUUUACACGAAAAGAUCAUUUAGAGAUCCACAAAAGAGUCCAUAGUGGCGUGAAACCAUACAAAUGUAAAGAAUGUAACAAAGAAUUCACACAAAAAAAUUAUUUAGUUAUCCAUGAAAGAAUCCAUAGUGGAAUAAAACCAUUCAAAUGUAAAGAAUGUAACAAGCAAUUUACAAGAAAAGAUCAUUUAAAGAUCCACAAAAGAGUCCAUAGUGACGUGAAACCAUACAAAUGUAAUGAACGUAACCAGCAAUUAUGUCAAGAAGAUAGUUUAGAGACACAUAAAAUGAGUCACAUCGGAGAGAAGCCGUAUAGAUGUGAAGAAUGUAACAACCACUUUACAUUAAAAUCUGAAUUAGAGAGACAUAAAAAAAUACACACCGAUGAACAAUCAUACGAAUGCGAAAUAUGUGAAACACUUUUUUUCGAUGAAAUAAGUUUAAUGAAACAUGUUGAAACACAUAUAUCCAGGAUACUAUAACUUUGUUGUUUCGUAAAAUGGCUUAUAAUCGCACAUUGUUUUUAUAUUCGGAUUCAGUCAACAGAAUUUCACUCUACUGC